UCGAUCUUUCUAUUCUCACCUGAAAAUGAGCUUUUUGGAAGAAUUAAAUUCUCUGUUUGGCGCCCAGGGCUUAUACGAGAUUCUCGGCGUUGAAAAAGAUUCAUCUGAGGCAGAAAUAAAGAAGGCGUACAGGCGUUUAUCACUAAAAGUUCAUCCAGAUAGAGUGGACAGUGAUCAAAAAGAAUUAGCUACCAAGAAAUUUCAAGCAAUAAGUAAAGUUUACUCUAUAUUGGCGAAUAAAGAACUUCGUGCAGUUUAUGACGAGACAGGUGAGGUUGGUGAGGAAAUGGUUCAACAAGAGCGAGAUUGGAUGUAUUACUGGAGAGUUCUGUUCCCGAAAAUUACUGAAGAAGAUAUUAAGAAGUUUGAAAAACAGUAUAAAGGUUCUGAUGAAGAGUUAAAUGAUCUCAAGUCAGCUUAUAUUAGAUGUGAAGGUGAUAUGGAAGGCAUAUGUGAACAUGUUAUGUGUUCAACUGAAGAUGAUGAGACACGGUUUAAAAAAAUUUUACAAAAUGCCAUUGAUAAUGAAGAGUUACCAAAAUUUGAUAACUUUACAAAAGAGGAUAAGAAGAAGAAGAAGGCAAGAAAGGAAAAGGCAAAGAAAGAAGCUGCAGAAGCAGAGAAAGCCAGAAUGGAAAUUGGAAUGGGUAGUAGUGGGGAUUUAGCUGCCAUGAUUGCAGUUAAACAGAAAAAACGAGAAACUGAAAUGAAUGAUUUUUUAGCUGGAUUGGAAGAAAAGUAUAGUUCAAAAAAUAGCAAAAAAAGAAAGACUACAAAACCAAAGAAAUAACAUUGGUGAGAUAAAAACUACUAUGUUCAUUCUUGUGUAUAUGAUUAAAUUUAAUACCCAAAAUUAAACUCAGAUGAUUUGUAAACAACAGACUUGUAACAAGCAACAAUAUAUAGAAACUGGUUUUUCUGUGAUUUUUUAAAAUCCCUUUUUUCUACCUGUUGUGUAACUUUUCAGGUCUUUCAAUAUAAUUUGAGAAAGAAUUUUUCUUUAACAACUAUAUAUUGUCCUUUUUGGCUCACGGCAGAGGGUCGCUACUAAUGGUCUCGCAUUCUUUAGUGCCAUUAACUCGACCAACCUGCUUUGCACGCUUAAUAGUAAUGAAAACUUGUUUAUCUGGUUAGUCUACUAGCCAACAAUUAAUCAGCUAUAAGCUAUUCCUGCAUCCAUGAGUGGUCUCAUUGAGACCUUUGAUCUUUGUUUUUACCUUGAGGCACCAUGUUGUUUUUGACUUGAUUAAAAUAUUUUAAAAAUCCGCUUUUGGAUCUUAUGAUCACGUUUUCAUGAUCACCCAUGAAUUUGGCAACGUAAAUUCUCAUUAGAAAAUGAUAACAAAUUUUAGGAUAAUUUUACUAAUUCUGUUUGAUUUUGUUUCCUCCUAUGUACGUUAUAAUACGUAGCUCCAGCAAAUUCAAUUAAACGUGGGAUUGUUAUUCCAACUGUGAAACUAGGUCGUUUAAAAACCAUAGUCCAUAUUCAUGGUUGUGGCUAUUUAAUGUUUUCUUUAUUCGCGGCCAGAAUAGUAUGACCGCUCUUUCAAGAAUUGUGGUAAGAUGCUUUCCUAUCCUAAGGCUAAGUACGUGUAAAUCAUGAAAACUUCCAAAAUCAGCAUAAAAACGAAAUCAAUCUUUUUUCUGUCGUGCGAAGUGCGAAGCCCUACGCGUGAAACUGACAUGCCCUUGAAAUUGACCAAUGAUGAUCGGAUCCUUACGCCUCCAUGCGCGCUUUCUGUCUGGGCGAAGUGCGAAAUAUUCCGUUUGAAUUUUUUUUAAUAGAGACCACUCGAAUAAAUUACUCUAGCUGACUGCUCACAUAUAAAAUUAACCGGCAAAAUAUUUCGCUGAGACGAAGAGCCAAUGCCAUAAACCCCUAACCUUAAAGGCGCUGUUCACUGAAAUUCUACUCCUGAUGUAUCUGAAGUUGACAAAUACGAACAUUUCUUACGACCAACGUUUUUAGAGCAUUUUAAACACUUUGCAUAUAAACAUUCCCCAAAAUUAUAAUUGCAUUGCAAGUUGCAAGAAAAGGUGCAUAGUCUAACAGUGCCCUAAAGGUUAAAAGUCUAUUUUCUUCGUGAGGCAAUUGUGCCAGUUUGAUCACGGUCAUUAUUACUAAUAGGAAAUGCUCCGUCAAAGAUCUAA